GUCGGUGCUACCGAAGAUGGCGGGGGUGUUUGAGGUGGAAGUUGACGGUAUAGAGCACGACCAUGGGCAUGGACACCAAGAUGAGGCUUCUCGGAUUGACCUGUCCCAGCUCUCACCAGAGGAAAAAUGGAGACUGGAACAUGCGAGAAUGCAUGCCAAACACAAAGGGCAUGAGGCCAUGCAUGCGGAGAUGGUUCUUAUCCUCAUCGUCACUCUCGUCAUAGCGCAGCUGGUCCUUGUUCAGUGGAAGCAGCGGCACCCUAAAUCCUACAAUCUGGUGACGCUCUUUCAGAUGUGGGUGGUCCCUCUCUACUUCACCACCAAGCUGCAUUGGUGGCGGUUCCUUGUGACAUGGUUCAUCUUCUCUGUGGUCACCGCCUUCAUCACGUUCCGCGCCACCCGCAAACCCCUGCAGUGCACCACGCCAAGGCUGGUGUACAAAUGGUUUCUUCUCCUGUAUAAGCUGAGCUAUACCACAGGAAUUGUGGGAUAUGCUGUUGUCAUGUUCACUCUCUUUGGUAUCAAUCUGAUAUUCAGAAUAAAGCCAGAAGACUCCAUGGAUUUUGGGGUCUCCCUGCUCUUUUACGGCCUGUACUACGGCGUUCUGGGCAGGGACUUUGCUGAGAUGUGUGCAGACUUCAUGGCCUCCACAGUAGGGUAUUACAGUGCGUCGGGGAUGCCCACCAAGCACCUGUCAGACAGCAUCUGUGCUGUGUGCGGCCAGGCCAUUCUGGUGGACGUGGACGAGGAGGGCAUCAUGGAGAACACCUACCGCCUCUCCUGCAACCAUGUAUUUCAUGAGUUUUGCAUACGAGGGUGGUGCAUUGUGGGUAAGAAGCAGACGUGUCCAUAUUGCAAAGAAAAAGUGGACCUAAAACGGAUGUUCAGUAACCCAUGGGAGAGGCCUCAUGUCAUGUACGGCCAGCUGCUCGACUGGCUCCGCUAUCUCGUAGCCUGGCAGCCGGUGAUAAUCGGACUCGUUCAGGGCAUCAACUACGUCCUGGGCCUGGAGUGAUGGCUGAGCCUGACAGACGCAUGCAUAGGGCACAUGCUGCCAUGGCAGGAGGGGACGUGUGUUUGGCUCCACGGACAAUGGGAUUGGGACUUUAAUCUCCACUGUGUAAUGUACUGUAUAUAAGCACACCUGGUGCUAAUGUGUAUUUAAAGGGGAAAAAAAAUUUAUUCUACUAGCAGUCUCACAUUGGAUGUGUCUCUGUAUAAAUUGAAGUGGGGGACUCUUUUGGAAUUAAAUGGUUUCUCAUUUUAGGCCUACUUCCCCAAAACAUUUCUCAUCAGUUCAUAAGUCUUAAUAUUUUUAAUCAUAAUUUGUAUCCUUUUGAGUCUUUUGUUAACACACAUGUAUUUAAUAGAGUGUCAUUGCAUGUAUCAUAUGCCCCUUGUCCUCUCCAGUGAAACACUCUCUCCUACGGAUACCAUCAGCAGUAAUCCAUUGUUUCAUCUCCCAUCAUGACUAUCAUCUUGUGAUGGUUAAAUGAAGGACUUCUAUACAGUACAUUAAUAUAAAUAGCCCACAGACCAUCAUCUCUUUAGCUCUAGGACACGUGAAGUGAUUUAUAGUCUUAGGGCACGUCUCUGGGUCAGGAACAGACUACAUGCACGACUCUGCCCCUGAGGGCAGUGGGGUGUGGGGUACCCCAUAAAGGUGAGUCUGCUAGUGGCCAGUUUCUUUUGAAGUCCUGCGUCAUUGUGCGUUUACCUUGUGAUGUAUGUGUGGAGUCCCCAAGGGCUCCUAAGAAAUGGUACUUUGGAUGACCGUAUGUUUCAUAACUUGAAUAACAUUUUGUCAAAGCAU